GAGCACGUGGCGGAUCCGUCAUCCUAUGGUAUCUACGUGGUCGAUCGUCGCUUCAAAGACUGUGAAGGUUCAAUACGUGAUUUAGCGCAAAUACUCUACGAUUUCUGUGGACUUUCUCGACGCCAGCGUAUCAUAAUGCGUAACCGAACGGAACGUUUGAGUGAAUUACUUGACUGGAAAAGUUUGGGAAUAUUUUACAGAGAUGCCCGAAGGAUGGCACUGGAGAGGCUACAUCCCGAUCUAGACGCUAUUAUUGAAAACAAUAUUGGCAAAGUGCCAUCGGCGUCACAAAGUCGCCGAUCAAGCCUUAGUGGUGCUUAUGAAAAUGCUAACUAA